UGAGGAACCCGGAGUGCGUGACGUCACAGCCUCACUACUUCCCCGGAGCCACAAAGGGCGCCGCUCCUCCUCUGACCUCACAAACACACCUCUCCGUAAGGGGUGGGGUUACGGCCCUUAGGGGCCCAUCCCUUGCGGGGCCAGACGCGUCCCCUGGCCCUUCUCCCCCUCCUACCUCACGGUGGCAGCCAUGAAGGGGACCCCCAGCUCCCUGGAAACUCUGCUGUGGGUCUACCGCUGCCACAGCUCCACGGAGGUGGCCCUCCAGCCCCCGCUUCUAUCUUCCCUGGAACUCGCUGUGGCCGCAGCCCAUGAAUAUCUGGAGCAGAGGUUCAGAGAGCUGAAAUCCCUGGAGCCACAGAAGCCAAAGGAGCCGAAGAAGCCGCCCGUCCCGCAGCCCACCCUGGGGCUAGUGCUCAGAGAAGCCGCGGCCAGCAUCAUGAGCUUCGGCGCCACCUUGUUAGAGAUCGCAGCCCUGUGGCUGCAGCAGGAGGUGCGGCGACUGGACGGCGGCAACGGCGGCCCGAGCCCAGGCCCAGAGGCCGGGGAUCCGGGUGGAGCGCUGGCCCGGGUAGCCCAGGCCGCGGGGCAGGGGGCUCGGCAGGCGGGGGCUGCCGCGGGCGCGAGCGCCCGGCUCCUCCUCCAGGGGACGUGGCUGUGCCUGUGUGGACGGGGUCUGCAGGGGUCCGCCUCGUUCCUGCAACAGUGGCGACGCCAGCUGGGCCUCGGAACCCCCGGGGAACCGAGAUACUCAGGAGACCUCAAAGUGGCGUCCAGUAGCAGUGCGGAGGACGGGGGACCAGAGAAUCCACCACCGUCCCACCCCACCCCGCGUCCAAGUAAAUAAAGCCCAGGAGCCGACCAGCCAGCCACGGCUGCUCCCCGAGUCGUUUGUUUGACCCCGCCCUCCCCGCGGCGACCCUCCUGGCUCCGCCCCGUUGGCUCCGCCCUUCAGGCUGGGCACGCCUCCACGUGGGCACCGCCGGGACCCACUCUGCGCUCACCUGCCCAGCAGCGGCACGCUCAGAGACGUCUCUGGGGUUUUCUGGGCAAUUAGGAACAGGAAGACGGUCUGGGCAAGCAGGACGUUGAUGGAGACCGUGCAUUUCUGGCC